UAAUUAAAACGUUUCCCUCCACUCUCAGUGGGGCAACAUCAGCACAGCUCCCUGUAGGCCUCGUUGGAGGGAGUGCGUUAUUUCUAAAACUGAACUAGUUUGUGCACUUCGCGCCGGCUUGACAUUGUCAGACUUUUGAGACUUUUCUUGCUUCAACAUGAGUACAGCUACAGAUCUGCCCAUUGAAAACAGCGUCCAGCAACCUGAUGACAUGGAGUUGACUUGUAACACUGCUCCUGAGCAGGACGUCUCAAGUGUUGCAGAGCCGCAGACGAUGACAGUUUACCUCCGAGUCAGACCCUUCUCUAAAGAGGAGCUCCGUGACAACGAGGAUCAGGGUUGUGUGGUGAUUGAGAAUGGCCAGAUGGUGACGCUGAAUGCACCCAAGGGUUCUGCCACGUUGAAGAGCAGUGAGAAGGGCAUUGGCAUGUCGCUCCACAAAUUUACAUUUACACAGAUUUUUGGGCCGGAGGCUAAUCAAGCCGAGCUUUUCGAGAGCACCGUCAAAAGCCAAAUGUCGGACUUCUUGGACGGGAGGAACUCGCUGAUAUUCAGCUACGGAGUCACCAAUGCCGGCAAAACCUUCACAAUUCAAGGGUCACCGAAGGAUCCGGGAAUACUUCCUCGGGUGCUUCACGCCACCUUCAGUCACAUGGGACACAAUCAGUACGAGGGGAUGGACCUGAAACCCUACCUCAGAAAUGACGCCCAGUAUCUGCAUCCUGAUCAAGUGAAGCAGGAGAGAAGUGUAAAAGAUGCCAUUUUUGCUUCAGCCAAAGAAGACGGCGAGUGUCUCAGGACCAGCGGUGGGUCAGAGUUCUCCUCCUGUUCCGCCUCCAGGCUCUCAUCCUCCGUCCCGUCCUGCAGUCAAACAGGGGAGACCAGCAGCCCGGCAGAAGCGGGCAGCAGCCAGUUUGCUCUGUGGGUGGCGUUCUUUGAAAUCUACAAUGAGUGCGUGUAUGAUCUGCUCCAACCUUCGCUGUGCGCCAAGACCAAGAAGCGCGCCGCGCUGCGCGUGUGCGACGACGGCGCUGGAAAUGCUUACGUUAAAGAUCUAAGGUGGAUCAACAUCCACAACCUGGCUGAGGCCUGCAAACUCCUCCAGUUUGGAAACAAGAACCGGAGCGCUGCAGCCACGAAGAUGAACCAGUCAUCGAGCAGAAGCCACAGCAUAUUUACCAUGAAGUUACUGAAGAUUGAUGACGGCUCAGUCAAACAGAUUUCUGAGUUGUCUCUGUGCGACCUCGCUGGGUCUGAAAGAUGCAAUAAGACCAAGACAAUGGGCGAGAGACUCAAGGAGGCAGGAAACAUCAACAACUCGCUGCUCAUUCUGGGGAAGUGCAUCACCGCACUCCGCAACAACCAGACUGACGGAAUGAAGAGCAGCUACAUUCCGUUCCGUGAGAGCAAACUCACCAAGCUGUUCCAGACGUUUUUCUGUGGCAAAGGCCGAGCAUCGAUGAUCGUCAACAUUAACCAGUGUGCCUCCACCUACGAUGAGACGCUCCACGUGAUGAAGUUCUCAGCGGUUGCCAAGCAGGUGGUGCAGGUGAUCCCAGAGAAGCCCCUGGAGCCUCUGGCUCCUUGUCUAGUCGGCCGGGAUGGAAAAGCUCUGGCCAGAAACGCGAUGAUGGACAACCGGGCCCUGGAGAGCUGCCUGUCUGAGGAGGAGCUGCUCGAUGAGGAGGACGAGGCUGAUGUGACCGUGAUGCCACAGAAUGAGCUUGUCAAUAUCAUUGAAAACCUCCGAGCUAAACUGCUGGCAGAGAGAAGACGAAACCUCGUGCAGGAAAUGGAAAUUCGCAAAGAGAUGGGAGAUGCCAUGUUACAACAGCUCAUGGAAAGCGAAGACCUCCGCACUCGACAGAUAGAAGAGCUGAAGGAAAGCUACCAAGAAAAGCUGGAGAACACUUUUGAGAUGUACAAGGAGGCCAUCAAGGAGCACGCCUACCAGAGCGCCAUGAACAACCUGGAAGACAACUAUGUGCCUCUGGAUGAGUUCACUGCCGAACAGGACAAAGUGGAGGCCCUCAGACGUAGAGUCUCAGAGUUGGAGAUCUUAACAUCCGGCACAGGAGGUGUGUCUGCAGUGGACCAGUCCAGCCAGAGUCAUCAGUCUGGAGGUGAAGAUCGUUGCAAAUGGCUUUACAAAGAGAAAUGUGCUCUAGAGAAAAUGUGUGAGGACAAACAACAGUUGAUUUUAUCCUUGGAGAAAAGGCUUAUGGAGCUAAGUGGAACACUUCAGACAGUUCGAGACAGCUUCCUGGAAAAGUCCUCUGAGCUGGAGGCUCUGCAGAUCAAGUCUAAUGCUCAGACUAAAUCUAUGGAGGAGCUCCUGCAGCGGGACUUGGCGAGGGACAUGGAAGUGUCCUCGCUGAAGGCGGAACUCGCCAAGCUUUCCCAGAAGUCCCCGGUGCAGGCGAAGACCAAGCGCGGCCUGCUGGCGAACAUCAGGGAGGCCGUGACUUCUCCAAGGAAGGCUACGAGUGCCAGAACCCUGAGGAAAACCCCCCGAACUGGGCACCACUGAGAGGAGGUGCUUAUAGUUUUAAUGGGCAUUUGGAUAAGAGACUGUAACAUGUGAAGACAAAGUCCUAUUUAUUAUUUUUUACAUGGUUGUAGUGUUUUGUAUCUUUUUGUAAUAAAAUGAAUCAGAAUUUAAAUAAA